AGACAAGGGUAAUGUGCAUAGGCGGGGUCAAAGAGUUGGACAUCGGGGUUAACCUCGGGCAAGUCAGACUGCAACCUCGAUUAAUCUUGAUGCACCCCGGGCAAAGUUGAGCUCGGACUCGUGGUUGACUUGAGAUCGAGACGACCCACAGCAGCACGAAGUUGAGCUCCGUCUCUAGGUGGCCCCGGCUCGUCCUCUUAUACGGAAAACAAAGGGUAGAGCUUCUCGGGGAACAGUUCAAGUUCCUCUAGGAUGAGCCGAUUGGCUCCUUUAAUCAAAUCCCUUCUGAUAUGGCCACUGGGAAUUUGAUCCGGUGACCUUUUCCAACGUCAGUGACUUAUCUUCACCGUCGUUCCAGGGAAGGAUUCCGACCGGGGACCCUUUUAAGUGUUGAGCUCCUCCUAGGUUUGGUUUCCUGGAAAUGGACCAUUUUGUAGAUUAUCAAAAAGUAUGAGGGACCUUUUGAUAAUUAUGCACAGCACAGUGAGACCGAACCAAAAGCACUGAACUGACCGCCACGGAAGCGUCAGACUGCUCGUCGCUGCUUCUUCUUCGCAGCUCUUCCCUCUCCCUCUAAUGAAACGGACCUCUCUUUCUCCGGUCAACAGAAUCCUCAUAUCCUUCAAAUCCCCGCCUUUCCGCGCCUACUUCUCCACAUCGAUCUCACCUCCGUCCUCCUCUCCUUCUUCCCUCCAAACCCUUCCAAGCUCUCACCGGAAUCCACUGUACCACCUCCUGCCUCCGACCCAGAACCCCACUCAGUUGGUCGACCUCAUCUGCUCAUCCCUCAAGCAGCCAAAGCACGAUCUUGCCCUCCUCCGAGUUGAGCUAUCCCCCCUCUUGCCCCACCUGAGCAGCAGCGAGAUCUCCCGGGUAUUGCUCCGGUGCCAGUCCGAUUACUCCUCGGCCCUCGAUUUCUUCAACUGGGUCAAGAAUGAUUUGGGGGUUGGUCCCGGCGUUUAUAAUUACUGUCUCACAGUUCAUAUACUCUCCUGGUCCAGACAAUUCGGACAAGCUAUGGCAUUGUUGUCGGAGCUGAUCAAAUCGGGUAGGAGCGAAUCGCGGAAAGAUGACAUUUUCCGGGUUUUAGUCCUGUCUUCUAAGGAGUGUUACUGGGACCCGGUUGUUUUUGACAUCCUCAUCAAGGCUUAUGUGAAAUUGGGUUUGGUCAGGGAAGGCUUCAGGGCGUUCCUGAAGACUGCCGAGUCGGGUUUUGCCCCGAGCGUGAUUUCUUGCAAUUUCCUGAUCGAUAAGUUGCUGAAGAUGAAUUGUCUCGAGCAGUGUUGGGUAGUUUAUAGGACCAUGGGGAGGGUCGGGGUUUCCCCGAACUCCCACACGUUCAACAUCCUGACGAAUGUUCUGUGCCGAGAAGGGGAUGUCAAUAAGGUGAACGAGUUCUUGGAGAGGAUGGAGGAAGAAGGAUUCGAUCCCGACAUAGUGACAUAUAAUACACUGAUAAAUAGUUACUGUAGAAAGGGAAGGUUGGAGGAUGCUUUUGAUUUGUACAGAAUAAUGUGUGUCCGGAGAGUCGCUCCUGAUUUGAUCUCACACACAGCAUUGAUUAACGGGCUCUGCAGGGCUGGCAGGGUUAGGGAGGCUCAUAAGCUCUUCCAUCGGAUGCUUCAAAACGGAUUGGAUCCCGAUAUUGUGGCUUAUAACACUCUGAUAUAUACUUACUGUAAGGAGGGGAAGAUGAGGGAAUCGAAGCUGCUGCUGCACGAAAUUAUCAGGGGUGGGAUUUGUCCCGACUAUUUCACUUGUCGGGUGCUUAUUGAAGGAUAUGGCAAAGAGGGUAAGUUGAUUGCUGCCCUGAAUUUGGUCGUGGAGCUUGAGCGGUUCGGAGUUUCGGUCUCUAGGGAUAUCUAUGAUUAUUUGAUAGUUGCGCUUUGUGAUGACAACCAUCCAUUUGCGGCCAAGAAUUUCCUCAAAAGAAUAUCUGUUGGAGGUUAUGUUCCCAAUGUGCAUAUCUAUAGUAAACUGAUUGAGUCUCUCUGCAAGAGCAGCUUUGCCGAUGAGGUGCUAAUUUUAAAAGCUGAAAUGGCUGGGAAGGGGAUUGUGCCCAAUCUUGGGUCAUAUAAAGCUCUCAUCGGGAGCUUGACUAGAAUGGGAAGGAGCAAAGAGGGUGAGUCGCUGAUGGAAGAAAUGAAUGCACGUGGAGUUUUACCUGAUGAAGAAAUAUGCAGGGCACUAGUCCACGGAUACUGCAAGGAAAAGAAUGUCGUUAGAGCUGAAUCUAUACUGAGCGUGUUUGCUGUGAGAUUUGGAGUUCUUGAUCCCGAAUGUUGUAAUGCAUUGAUUCAGGUUGUUUCUGAGGAAGGAGAUGUGAAGAGGCUGAUGGAGCUGCAGGAACGGUUGCUGAAAAUGGGUUUUGCCCCGAACAGGUCAUCUUGCAAGUACAUUAUCGAAGGGAUCUGCAAAGCUACUUCUCGGCACAAGGAAAAGCUUUCCAAGUGAUGAAAUUUACAGAGGACAGAAACAAUCUCUAAGACUGUCUUAAGAGGAACCAUAGCUCCCAGACUGCUUGUAAUGUUUUCUUGACCCGACUCAUUUUGAUCCAUGUCAGGCUAUACGAGAGGAGAUGCUAUAAGAAAUAUGGAGAGCAGUCGGCACCAAAGCUGCACGGAGAAAUGUUUUUAAGUACCUCGCAGCCAUUCUGAACAAGCAAAGACAUUGAUAGGAUCGAGGCUUGUGGUCCAUUGUUGUUCUCGCCUUCAUGUAUAUAUGAGUUCGGUCUCAGAAUGCCCCUAAGGUGCAUUUGUGGUUGGAAGUUGUCUUCCGCUUCGAUCUAAUAGAUCAUAUUCGGUCAGGAAAAAAUGGAACGGAAUGAAACAUAAUUGCUGUACAAAAUGGUCUAUAUGGUCUGAAAUAGUUACCGGCAAAGUAAACUAAAUCGAAAACAGUCGUUUAAGCUUUUUA